ACCAACAUAUUUCAAAGUCUCUUUUAAUAGCUCAUGGGGGAUACUUUCAAUUCCACCCCAAACCCUCUCUCUUUUCUGUGGUUUACUUUCAAUUUCAGGGCUUUCACAGCCAAAUUCAUGGCAGCCACUACUACUUCCAGUACUACUACUACCACCAGUAGUAACAGCUCUGGUUUUUUCAACCUUCGAUCCAACAACGUCAGGCCCUCAUCAUCCGCCACCCGUGGCUCACCGCCAGCUGCAUGCGGAAAGCUCGAUGGUGUGGGUGUAUGGUUCGUCAAUGGCGUGGCGGCCGCUUUCUUUGCAUCGCUAGAACGAUGUUCUUGCAUCCGUAUAGCCACCGAGGACGAUGGCGAGGAUGCAAACGAUGUGCCCUUGAUUCAAAGUGAUGGGAAUGUGAGGCAUCUUGCUGGAACUACCAGCAGGAAGAGAACAAGGAAAGGGAACAACAAACAAGGCUAAAGUGCUGCUCCUUAUAUAUAUAUAUAUAUAUAUAUAUAUAUAUGUUCAUUUUCUAAUUUGGUAAGUCAAAAUAUAUGAUGGCCUUUCUUGGAUUUGUGAAUGUUUUAAUGGAGUUUACGGGUUUACAGUUCAUGGAAUUUAUGGGUUUUCAGCCAUUGUUUACAGUUCAGAUUGUUUAUAUAACUAACUACGUUAAUGGAUAGAAAAA